GACUGACGGACCGCUGCGGAAAUACACGAACACGACGGAAAGAAAAAGAGCAAGAAACGAGAAAGAAACGCGUUUAGAGCCCGAGAGGACAGCGGACAUCACACAAAAACACUCGGAGACACUCGGAGACACUCGGAGACACUCGGAGACACUCGGAGACACUCGGAGUUUGUGUUUUGAGACAGUCGGAGACAGUUUGAAGAUGAAGACGGUUCUGAUGGUCGCGGAGAAACCGUCCCUGGCCCAGUCCAUCGCCAAGAUCCUGUCCAAAGGUUCGUGUUCGAGUCGUAAAGGUUUAAACGGCGCGUGUUCGGUUCACGAGUUCAUCGGUUCCUUUCAGGGACAAAACGUCCGAUUCAAGAUGACGUCAGUGUGCGGCCACGUCAUGAGCCUCGACUUCACAGGUAAAUAUAAUAACUGGGACAAAGUGGAUCCGGCUGAACUCUUCAGCAAAGCCCCGACCGAGAAGAAAGAAGCAAACCCCAAACUCAACAUGGUCAAGUUCCUCCAGGUCGAGGCUCGGGGUUGUGACUUUGUCGUUUUGUGGUUGGAUUGUGAUAAAGAAGGCGAGAACAUCUGCUUUGAGGUGCUGGACGCGGUGCAGCCUGUCAUGACCAAAGCGGAGGGCAGGGGGCGCUCCGUGUUCAGGGCCAAGUUCAGCUCCAUCACCGACGCCGACAUCUGGGCUGCCAUGAGCCGCCUGGGGACGCCCAAUCACAACGAGGCGCUGUCCGUGGACGCCCGGCAGGAGCUCGACCUGAGGAUCGGCUGCGCGUUCACCCGGUUCCAGACUAAAUACUUCCAGGGGAAAUAUGGGAACCUGGACUCGUCCCUGAUCUCGUUCGGUCCGUGUCAGACGCCGACGCUCGGAUUCUGCGUCGAGAGACACGACAAGAUCCAGUCCUUCAAAUCGGAGACCUACUGGGUCCUGCAGGCCAAGGUGUUCAAGGGGAAGGACAGUCCCGUGACUCUGGACUGGAGCAGAGUUCGUGUUUUCGAUCGAGACGUGGGACAUAUGUUUGUCAAUCUGGCCAAAACCUCCAAAGAAGCCAAGGUGGAGUCGGUGAGUAAGAAGGAGAAGGUCAAACAGAGACCUCAGGCUCUGAACACCGUCGAGAUGCUCCGAGUUGCCAGCUCUGCCCUGGGUCUGGGUCCUCAACACACGAUGCAGGUGGCUGAGCGUCUCUACACUCAGGGUUACAUCAGUUACCCGCGCACAGAGACCACACACUACCCCGACAACUUCGACCUGAAGGGGGCGCUGCAGCAGCAGGCCAACACGCCCCAGUGGAGCGCCGAGGUGAGGGCUCUGUUGGCGUCGGGGUUGAAUCGUCCGAGGAAAGGCACCGACGCCGGAGACCACCCCCCCAUCACCCCCAUGAGAGCGGCGAGCGAGACCGAGCUGGGUUCUGACGGUUGGCGUCUGUUCGAUUACAUCACGCGUCACUUCAUCUCGUCGGUGAGUGAGGACUGCAGGUUCCUCCAGACGUCCAUCUGCUUCAGCAUCGGACCUGAGACCUUCAGCUGCACCGGCAAAACCCUGAUCUCACCAGGGUUCACGUCGGUGAUGCCGUGGCAGGGCAUUCCUCUGGAGGAGGCGUUGCCGAGUUGUGAUCGUGGAGACGUGUUCAGUGUGGACGAAGUGCGACUGGUGGAGAAACAAACCUGCCCCCCGGACUAUCUGACCGAGGCCGAACUCAUCACACUCAUGGAGAAACACGGCAUCGGUACAGACGCCAGUAUCCCCGUUCACAUCAACAACAUCUGCCAGAGGAACUACGUGACCGUGGAGAACGGACGACGCCUCAAACCCACAAACCUGGGCAUCGUCCUGGUGCACGGGUACCACCGCAUAGAUGCAGAGUUGGUGCUCCCGUGGAUUCGCAGCGCUGUGGAGAAGCAGUUGUCUCUCAUCGCUCUGGGACAGGCCGACUUCUCUCAGGUUCUCUCUCACGCUCUGGACAUUUUCAAGAGGAAGUUUCACUAUUUUGUCGACUCCAUCAACAGUGAGUUAAAAACGCACAAAACACACACACAACACACACAACACACACACAAAACACACAACACACACACAACACACACAAAAUACACACAAAAUACACACAAAACACACACAACAUACACAAAAUACACAAAACACACACACAACACACAAAAUACACAAAACACACACACAACACACAAAAUACACAAAACACACACAACACACACAAAAUACAUACAACACACAAAACACACAACACACACACAAAACACACAAAAUACACACAAAAUACACACAAAUACACACAAAAUACACACAAACACACACAAAAUACAUACAACACAACACACAAACACACACAAAAUACAUACAACACACAAAACACACACAAAAUACACAAAACACACACUAAAUACAUACAACACAACACACAAAACACACACAAAAUACACAAAACACACACAACACACACACAAAAUACAUACAACACACACAAAAUACAUACAACACACAAAACACACACAA